AUGAAGCUCAUGCUACGCCCUGAAUGGCGCCUCUGGCCUCUUUCUUCGUUUUUUGGUGUCCUUGACAUCAAGACAGGCGUUACUGUUGCCCUCUUAUUUGCUCUUCUCAACAAGGUUGCUGGUGUAUACGGAUUAAUUGCCGUCUUGACCGGUGCAGGCGGCUCGUUUGCCCAACUGAGUCUCUACAUAUACUCCGUUAUCGCCCUUGUUGCCCUAGCUUGGGGCCUUCGAGUAGUCCAGGAAGAGGAUCCCAAGAAGACCCUCUAUUUCGCUCAUUUAUUCUUCGCGGAUCAUAUAUUUUCUACUUCGUGGACAGUAUUUUUCGCUGUAGGCUGGUGGCUGUGGAAUCCUCACGAUGGACAGAGACAGGCCAACUCAGUCGCGCAGCAGAAAAUGAUGGAACUCGGUAAUUCGUCCGCCACGCAUCUCACGGACGAGGAGCGCAAGGAAGCUGCCUUGGCCAUAUGGAACCACGAGAAGGGACUUGCUGCCUUCGUUAUAAUCAUCUCCUGGAUAUUCAAGAUCUAUUUUGCACUCCUCAUCUACUCUUACGCUAUGCACUUAAGGAAAGGAUCAUACAGGUCUCUCCCACUUUCACGAAAUGCCUACGCUUCUUCAAAUGUUGCAUCACAUGCAGCAUACGACGCACUUGCCGAAGAAGACGAAGAAAUCGAAGACUUCUAUCGCGUCCCACUCCGUACACCUCCUGCUUCAGGUCACCGACGAGGUUCAAGUAAUAACAACAACUCAUCUAUUGCCAGCUUUGCCGACUUUGUCAGCGCCCCCGGCCGAACACCACGCAAAAAGGGCUUUGGCAGUAUCUCUAUGGGGAAGGAUAGAGGGAUAGAAGAAGAGAUUCUGUUCGACGAAGAUGAACUAACCUAUGCUGGCUCAAGUUCCUCGAGAGCUCACUCAAAGCUCGGUACGGAGAGCAGCACGACUGCUGCUAGUGACGAAGAAAGAGCCAUUAACGGGCAUGACAGUGGGAAGGGAAAGUUCACAAGGAACGAUUGA